AUGAUAUCUCAGCAUCAGCAGCAACUGCCAGUCGACACGCCACACGGACACAUAGGCAUGUAUGGGUUGCUCACCUUUACAAUAGAGCCACAGGAUGUGGUCGUGCCGGAAGGACAUUCGGUGUUGCUGCAGUGUGGUGGCACUGCACAAAUCGGCAAGUCUGGCAAAGUAUUGCCGAAUAUACGUUGGCGUGCACCAGAUGGCCAGGAUUUGGGUAUAGUGGGUGAUACAUUCCGCACUCAGUUGAAAAACGGCUCUUUGUACAUAAGCUCCGUGGAGGAGAAUCGCGGCUUGACCGGCUCCUACCAGUGUCUGCUCAGUGCGGAUGGCAUCGGCACCAUUGUUAGUCGUGCGGCCGUGGUAUCCAUAGCACGUUUGCCCGACCUAAAUCAAGACUUCAUCGAAACGUAUCUACUACCCGGUCAGACCGCGUACUUUCGCUGCAUGAUCGGUCAAGUUCAGCCGGGCAUCAAGCACGCGGUGCAAUGGAUCAAAGACGACAUGCCGCUAGUGUUGGACAAAUUACGCAUGGUUGUACUGCCGAAUGGCGCAUUAGAAAUCGAUGAGGUGGGCAUUGGCGAUCGUGGUGCCUAUCAAUGCAAUGUUACCUCGGGUAGUGUGUCGCGCUUGAGUAGCAAGACAAAUUUGAAUAUCAAAAAGAUGACAGAUCCGGGUAGUGAAAGUCUGGUGGCACCAUCUUUUCUUGUCGGUCCCUCACCGAAAACCGUGAAAGAGGGCGAUAGCGUCACCUUGGAUUGUGUGGCGAACGGUGUGCCCAAACCGCAGAUCAAGUGGUUGCGCAGUGGCGAAGAGUUAGAUCUCAACGAUCUUGAUUCGCAAUUCUCGAUUAUCGGUACGGGCUCUCUGCAAAUUUCCUCGGCCGAAGAUACAGACUCGGGCAACUAUCAGUGUCGUGCUAGCAAUACAGUCGACUCGCUCGAUGCACAAGCCACCGUACAAGUUUUGGUGCCGCCCAAGUUCAUCAAGAGCCCGAAAGACAAGAUCGCCCACGAAAAAGAAGAAUUAGAGUUGGAGUGUUCGAUACGCGGCAAACCCACGCCGCUGAUCCAGUGGCUGAAGAAUGGUGACGUAAUCACACCCAACACGUACAUGCAGUUGGUGGGCGGACACAAUCUACGCAUUUUCGGUCUGCUGCAAUCCGACGCCGGUAUGUUCCAGUGUGUCGGCACGAACCCAGCGGGUAGUGUGCAAGCGGCGGCGCGUCUCCGCGUUGUUCAAACCGGUAAAUCUAAAAAUUACCGUCCUCCACUUCCGCAAACGUCAAAAUCUCAACUACUACCAUCAGCUUCGCCCAUGCGACGUCGCAAGGGCGGCGCGUCUGUAGAAGGGCGCUCUAAAUCAGUUGAUCCUUUUGACACGUUCGGCGAUGCUAUUGACGCUUCUAUGGGUUCGACGCGUAGUCUCUCCAAAAGCGCACUGGACAGUUUACUCUCACAGCGAGGUAAAAAGUUACCCCAACCAGAGAGACCACAAAAUGACAACAGUUAUGGUGAAUUUGCAUCACUCAAAGACGUCGAACAGUUAGACUUGGAAAUGGAAGACACGGACAGUUCAUUGGAAUUGCCAACAAGUACGCAUGAAUUUAGCGGUGGUGAUGACCAAGAAGAUGAUGAUGACGAAGACGAAGACGAUUAUGACGAUUUGAACGCCAAUCAGGAGUUCAUUGACGCUUACAAACAUGGUGACGAUCCAAACAAAGUACUGAACUCUUGGAAGAACAAAAACAAAAAACAAAUAUCCUCAGCCACAUCCAAUUCACAAGCGACAUCAUCAAGUUCCUCCUACUUAUCCUCAGAUUUAGAUGGACUCGAAGGUGGCAUAGGCAUUACCGGCGUAAGCAAUACGGAUAGCAGCGGUGGCAUUCUGCAGUCUGUCGGUGGCGUGACGCAUAUAAAUGGUGCACUAUUGAGUCGUUUGCCGGGUCCACCACGCGAUUUGGUUGCGCAAAUCGUGAAGCCACGCUUUGUAACGCUCAGCUGGAUGGAGCCUAUGAAAAAUCCAGUGGAAGUGGUAUCCUACACCGUAUUCUACAAGAUGAACAACAGCGAACGUGAACAAAAAAUCGUUACCAAAUCCCACGAUGAUCAACAGGUGAAUAUCCAAAACUUGAUGCCUGGCAAAACAUAUCAAUUUCGCGUGGUGGCCAAUACGAACUUUGGAGCUGGUGAAUCUUCUGAGGUAUUGGAAGUGCUGACGCAACCGGAGGAGAAUAUCGCUGGCCCACCACGCAACGUCGAUGGGCAUGCGACCAGCGAAAGAGAGAUUUUCGUAAAAUGGGAUCCUCCGACAGUAACUAAUGGCGAAAUUCUGAAGUAUCGCAUAUACUAUUCUGAGAAUGACAGUGGCGCUGAGAUGUAUCACGAUAGCACCUCUUUGAGUGCUGUGCUCUCUGAGCUUCGUCCGUUUACCGAAUACACAAUUGCAGUGGUGCCAUUCAACAAGAAUGGCAUGGGUGACCCCUCAAAUGAAAUAAAAGUCAAAACUUACUCAUCCACACCAACUGAACCCCCCAAUAAUGUAACGCUUGAAGUGACGAGCUCCACGUCUGUCACUGUGCACUGGGAGCCGCCAGCUGAAGAGGAGCGCAACGGCCAAAUUACAGGCUACAAAAUCCGCUAUCGUAAACUGAAAGAUACACCCCAAGUGAAAAGUACACCAGCAAAUAUUCGCUACUUCGAAUUGAAUGGCUUGGAGCGGCAUUCGGAAUAUCAAAUUAAAAUUGCUGCUAUGACAGUGAAUGGUUCGGGUCCAUUUACGGAAUGGAAUCGUGUCAUGACACUUGAAAAUGAUCUAGACGAAACUCAGGUGCCAGGUAAACCGGUUUGGAUCGGCAUACAUCCGGGAGGUGAUAGCAUUGCGCUGCAUUGGGGCCCACCACAGCAGCAUGAAAUCAAGAUACGCAGCUAUGUACUAGGCUGGGGUCGUGGUAUACCCGAUGAGAACACAAUCGAACUAAAAGAAUCUGAACGCUACUAUGUGCUGAAAAAUUUAGAAUCAAAUACGGAAUAUGUGGUAUCGCUGCGUGCACGCAACGUCAAAGGUGACGGUCCGCCAAUUUAUGACAACAUUAAAACACGUGACGAGGAACCACUCGAUAUACCAGUACCGCUAGAAGUGCCAGUUGGCCUGCGCGCCAUUACCAUGUCCAGUUCAUCGAUAGUCGUCUACUGGAUAGACACCACGCUGAGCAAAAACCAACAUGUCACCGAUAAUCGGCACUACACUGUACGCUACGGCAUUUCCGGCUCUAGUCGCUAUCGCUACCACAACACCACCGAUCUCAAUUGCAUGAUCAACGAUCUGCGUCCAAACACACAGUAUGAGUUUGCAGUCAAAGUGGUAAAGGGGCGGCGUGAAUCGGCUUGGUCCAUGUCGGUGUUGAACAGUACCUAUCAAAAUGUGCCAAUCACGCCACCGCGCGAGCUGACCGUGCGACCCGAUGAGCAGAAUCCACAAAAUGUCAUUCUACAAUGGCUGCCACCCAAGCACAGUCUGGGCCAAAUAACGGGCUACAACAUCUACUUCACAACCGACACAACGAAACGUGAUCGUGAGUGGUCCAUUGAGGCGUUCGCAGGCGAUGAGACAAUGAUGAUGUUGCCCAACUUAAAACCCUAUACCACAUACUACUUCAAAGUGCAAGCGCGUGUUGGAAAGGGCAUCAGCAAUGCGCCCUUCUCGGCGCUUGUCGCCUAUACGACCGCAGCGACGGUGGUGAUGCAGGAACCGAAGCCCAUUGCUAAGGGCAUUAGCAAUGAAAUUGUGUUGUACUCAGUGGCGGGCGUUGUUGUAUUCGUGGUAAUCGUAAUUUCGGCCAUUUUGGUUUUAGUGUGUCGACGAAAGCCGCAAUCCACACCCGAUCACAACAAGAAGAGGUACGAAGACUACCAAAAUGUUGGUGUACCAAAGCCACCGGAUCUUUGGAUACAUCACGAUCAGAUGGAGCUGAAGAAUAUAGAUAAAAAUAUACACAGCACAACGCCAGUUUGUAGUGACGGUGCUUCGAGUAGCGGUGCCUUAACAUUGCCACGCUCUGUGGUGCAUGAGUAUGAUGUAGAUACGCCAGUGCCAGUUACAAAUUCGCUGGACAAACGUUCAUAUGUGCCCGGUUACAUGACUACGUCGAUGAACUCUACCAUGGAGCGACCACAGUAUCCACGCACACAAUACAACAUUUCAGCCAAUCGUUCGCAUAUGACGGUCGACACGGGACAUUCGCAGCAGAGUUUGACACAACAGCCAGGCUCAUUGGCACAGACACCCGAACAUCCUUAUGGUUAUGAGGGUAAUUUCUGCAGUCCUGGUUACCCGAACGGUGGAGGUGGCAGUGGAGCCGGUCCUGGUGGCGGUCCCGCAAACAAUGGUGGCGUUUCAACUAUUGAUAGUUCUAAGCGUGGUCACCCGUUGAAAAGUUUCAGUGUGCCAGGGCCACCGCCGACUGGGGGUGCAACACCUGUCAACAAACACACACCUGCAGUCACAAUACGUCCACAGAAUCAAUCGCCCUACAAGAAGCCCUCAUUCUCCGCUGCCACGCCUACAAACCGAUUGCAAGGCGGCUCAUCAGUCGCACACUCAAACGAUGAAAUACAACGACUAGCGCCAAGCACCUCAACUGAAGAACUAAAUCAGGAAAUGGCCAACCUCGAAGGCCUUAUGAAAGAUCUGAGUGCAAUAACGGCGAACGAGUUCGAGGUUUAACAGUAAAUUAAGGUAGAUUAGUGAGAACGAAUAAGUAAGAAAAUCUUUAGGUAUGCACCACCUAACAAAUGGGGAAAUAACAAAAUUGAUGUUGGGCGAAGUGUAAAUUUUGUUGAAAAGUUUACAGAAACGACAAACACCUCGAUAAGCUUAGCAAAUCAAAAUGUUACAAAAUGAAAACAAAAAAAAAAAGUGAACGUAUACACAAUUUUUAUGGUUUAAUAGAAAUUGAGUUUUACGAUAAUCGUACGCUAAAUGAAUUUUACUAUGUUUUUGGCUGCUAAUUUUCUUUUUUGCCAUUAUUAUUAUUUAAAAAAUUUAGGAAGUUAGAAUAACCAAAAUUAAUGAUUUUGUGUAAAUUCGAAAUGAAUUUUAUACAAAGGAUAAUGGAGAGUGAUUGUUGUUGUACGAGUACAUAUAAGCCAAUACAGUAACUCACAAACAAUUCAGCAGUGGUGAGCCAGUUUAUAGUGCAGAUUAAGUUUUAAA